AUGACUGAAAAGAAAAUUAAGGAAAAGGUCAAAAAGCGGGAGCGUAUUGUCGCAUCAUUACAGCGACAUGCGCAAUUUCUGGGCAGUUUCAACCCAGAUAUUCAUACGGGGGAAGUUCAGUCAAGACUGGACAAGAUUGAGGCAAAGUUUGAAGAGUUUGAGGAGGUUCAAGAAGAAAUCGCAGAGCUGGACGCGGAAGGGAUCUAUGAGGAGGACUGCACCACGGCCUACGAGGAAUUCGAGAAGCUGUACUAUCGUUUACGGGCGGCUUUACUGGCAAAACUACCAUCGGAGGAGACUGCUGUUGAGCUGAACAACACGUUAGCGCGGAAUGGUCAACAUGUAGGGGCGCACACUGGUGUUCGUCUGCCGCAGAUUUCUCUACCGGAGUUUGACGGCGACUACAAGGGAUGGCUGUCAUUCAAGUCAACGUACGUGUCGCUCAUUCAUGAUUCUGCGGAGCUUAGCGACGUACAGAAGUUCCAUUACUUGAAGUCAGCGCUCAAAGGGGAAGCAGCUAAACUCAUCGAAUCACUUACGCUCACCAACGACAACUAUGGGAUUGCUUGGAGUACGAUUACGAAGCGGUAUUCCAAUGAGUACCUGUUGAAGAAGAGGCAUCUACAGGCGCUAAUGGAGUACCCGAAGGUGGAGAGGGAGUCGUCUGCGGCUCUCCAUGCUGUGGUGGAUGAAUUCGAGCAGCGGUUGAAAAUUCUGAAGCAGUUGGGAGAGAAGACUGACGAGUGGGGUGCGAUGAUUGUCCACUGGAUGUGUUCCAAGCUAGACACGAAGACACUUCAGCUCUGGGAAGACCACGCAGCUUCAACGAAGGAUCCGACAUUCACGAUCUUGGUAAACUUUCUCGAGAAGCGGACAAGGGUUCUGGAAGCGGUUUCAUCGAACGUUGAAUUGAAAGGCAGUUCGCAAAAGAUGGAAACCAAGCGGCAAAAGGUGAUUGUGCAUUCGGCUACAGAUGGAGAUAGAAAUGGUCCGGCCUGUUGUUGUUGUGGAGAGUCGCAUUUCUUGGGGCGGUGUGGCAAAUUUUUGAAGCUGGCACUGAAGGAGAGGCUGCAGUUCAUCAAUAGCAAGCGGCUUUGUAGCAAUUGCUUGAAGUCAGGACAUUGGGUACGCGAUUGCUCAUCGAAGUUCAGUUGUCGUGAUUGUGGAAAGAAACAUAAUUCACUGAUUCACCCAGGCUUUCCGUUGAGCAGCAGCGGUGUUGGAAGCUGCGACCAUCCAGUGAGCAAACCGGAGAAGACACGGAACGAAAAAUCUGUGGCAACCAACGUAAUGACUAACGAGGUGGAACCUGAGGACGAAGACGAUCAAGGAGCGGUUGGAACAUACAACGUAGGGACCAAGGGCGGCAAAAUUUCAAACGUACUACUAUCUACGGUUGUACUGGUUAUUCGAGACCAGCACGGAGGAAAACAGAUGGCUCGAGCAUUGCUGGACAACGGUUCGCAAGCUAACAUCAUGAGCGAGCGGUUAUGCCAGAUGCUGAACCUAAAGAGACGGACGAUAAACGUGCCAAUCAGCGGUGUCGGUGAAGCGGAAACGCGAGCGAGAUUCCUGGUAAACACAACAGUGAGUUCAAGGGUCCAGAACUUUGCAGUGGGGAUGGAAUUCUUGGUACUUCAGAAGGUAACGUCGGAGUUGCCUUCAGCACACAUACCAGUGGAGCACUGGAAAAUUCCAAAGGAUAUACAACUGGCCGAUCCGAACUUCAACAUCAGCAAUAGGAUUGAUCUUUUGAUUGGAGCUGAGCACUUCUACCGGUUCUUGUUCGAGAGAGAUACAAAACGGAUCACGCUGGGCCCGGGACUACCUACGCUGAUCAACUCGGUAUUUGGUUGGAUAGUUACGGGGAAAGUUUCUGAAGCAUCGAGUAAAGCAGUUAGCUGUUGCGUUGCGGCGGCUCCAGACAAUUUGGAAGCCCAGUUGCACAGGUUUUGGGAGGUCGAAAGCAAUGAGAAUCGGCCUGCUUGGUCGAGAGAGGAACAAGACUGCGAUGACCAUUUUCAGCGAACGUUCAGCCGCACGAAGGAAGGUCGGUAUGUCGUACGUUUACCUAAGCACGUGAAUUUCGACCAGAUGCUAGGUGAAUCUCGUACGAUGGCACUAUCAAGAUUCAAGCGAUUAGAACAGCAACUAGGAUGGAACACAGAGAAGCGCUUGCAGUACAAUGCGUUCAUGCAAGAAUAUUUAGAUCUUGGACACAUGAAGGAAGUAAGCGAAGCGGAGCUUUUGCAGGAGACGUCAGUUUCCAGCACCAGAAAGGCCUAUUACUUGCCGCAUCACGCGGUUUUUAAGGAAACCAGCACCACAACAAAGGUUCGUGUUGUUUUCGAUGGGUCGGCCAGAACGGACAGCGGCUAUUCGUUGAACGACGCUCUUCUAAAAGGUCCGGUUAUUCAGGACGAGCUACUCAGCUUGCUUUUACGGUUCCGAAAGCAUGAAGUGGCACUAGUUGGGGAUGUUGAAAAGAUGUACCGGCAGGUGCAGGUACACGAAGAAGACAUCAGUUUACAGCGCAUUUUCUUCCGAUUUUCUGCGGACGAGCCCAUUAAGGUGUAUCAAUUAUCAACGGUAACCUAUGGCUUGACACCUUCAUCAUUCUUGGCGAUUCGGGCUUUACAUCAACUAGCGGCAGAUGAAGGAACCGCAUACGCAGACGCAGCUGAAGCGAUAGUCGACGACUUCUACGUUGAUGACUACAUCGGUGGAGCAGCCAGCGUAGACGAAGCCAUCCAGCUCCAACAAAAUCUGGAUACACUGAUGAAAAAAGGUGGUUUUGCUUUACGCAAAUGGUGUUCCAAUCGACCAGAAGUUCUGGCAAGAAUCCCGGUCGAUCAACUGGGAACCAAUCUAUCAAUUUCCUUCGAGAUAAGCCCGGACGAACACGUGAAAACCUUGGGUAUCACCUGGGAACCCGGGACGGACCAAUUGCGGUUUCUCUAUGACAUCAUAGAAAGCGAGCAAACUUGGACAAGAAGGAGCAUCUUAUCAUCGAUAGCAAAGCUGUUCGAUCCACUGGGAUUAAUAGCACCAGUGAUCGUGGUAUCGAAAAUUUUGAUGCAAGAGCUCGCCUUGCUCCACACAGGAUGGGAUGCACCUGUUCCCGUCCACAUUGAAGAGAAGUGGAAGGCGUUCCACUCACAACUGGACAAAAUUACGGAAAUGCGAGUCAGUCGGUUCGCUUUUGUUUCCAAUUGGGUUGAUAUCCAAUUUCACUGCUUCGCUGAUGCUUCAACCCUAGCCUACGGUGCGUGCUUAUACGUACGGACUAUGGAUGCAGCAGGAAACGUGCGGAUUGAACUACUUUCUUCGAAAUCCCGCGUUGCCCCACUUAAAAGAUUGACGUUGCCACGACUCGAACUUUGCGCCGCCAAAGAAGCAGCAGUAUUACACUCAAAGGUGACUAAAGCGUUUUCAACCCAAAAUGCACGGUCAUUUUUUUGGUCCGACAGUACGAUCGUUCUUCAUUGGCUACGAUCUCCGCCAAAUACUUGGCAAACCUUUGUGGCCAACAGAGUCUCAGCGAUUCAAACCACUACGUAUCCCCAUUCCUGGCGUCAUAUUGCAGGAAAGCAGAAUCCUGCUGAUUUAGUAUCACGCGGAAUGUCGGUCGACGAAUUUUUGGAUAGUCAGCUGUGGAAAGAAGGACCCCCAUGGCUGCGUAACGACGAAGAUGGAUGGCCCAAUCUUGGUGAAAACUGCACUCUCUCCGAAGAACAUUUAGAAGUUCGAAAGACGGUUCACACUAUCAUGGUUGCGGAACCUCCCAACGAACUGUUCAGCCUACGUUCUUCAUUACCUUCUUUACUUCGCGUUGUCGCUAACUGUCGUCGAUUUGCACACAAUUGUCGCUACCCGAACGCUAGGAAGUCGUCCGUGGCUUUGACUCCAGAGGAAAUACACUCUGCAAAGAUGGCGCUGACACGCAUAGCCCAGAUCGAACGAUUUCCAGAAGAGCUGAAAGCCCUGCAGCGACAACAACGAAUUAGCAACAAAUCAAGCCUUAAAAGACUUUUUCCUUUCCUGGACAACGAAGGAGUCCUCAGAGUUGGAGGACGUCUGCGCUUUUCAAACGAAAGCUACGCAAUCUCGUCAUACAGUUCUUUCACUCCCAGAACUUCCACAGUGGCCCACAACUCACAUUGGCAGAAAUACGGCAGGAAUUUUGGCCGAUACACGGUAAACGAGUCGUCAACGCUGCGCUUCCCCAUGGGACAGCUGCCAUCUGGUCGUGUUCGCCCAGGACGACCGUUUCUGAUUACCGGUGUUGAUUAUUGCGGACCCUUUCAUUUAAAGCCUCCACGUCGCAAUACUGCCCCGCUCAAAGUCAAGGAGCUCUCUCACCAAGGAAUCAAAUGGCAGUUUAUUCCCCCGCGUGCUCCCAACUUUGGAGGAUUAUGGGAGGCCGCCGUACGUUCCGUAAAGACUGCCCUGAAGAAAGAAGUUGGUCUGCAACAGCUGAGCUACGAGAACUUCACCACACUUAUGGUACAGAUCACUGCCACGCUGAACUCUAGACCUCUAUCCCCUUUAUCAGACGAUCCCACGGAAUUUGAGGCCCUUACUCCCGCACAUUUCUUGAUUGGCUCAGCCAUGAAAUCCCUCCCAGAGCCCAAUCUAAUGACCGUUCCCACAAACCGCCUUGACCACUACCAGCAAACCCAGCAAAUGUUCCAGCGCUUUUGGCAACGAUGGAGCAAACAGUACCUCACGCAGCUGCAGGUUACAACAACGAACUUACCGAUCAGCCCCAUCCAAAUCGGAGGUAUCGUUGUGCUACGAGAGGACAACCUUCCACCGCUGUGCUGGCCACUGGCGAGGAUUAUCAGCUUGCAUCCAGGUUCCGACAGAAUUCUCAAGGAACUGCGUAGAUGUUCUUCGCCGCCGCCAGUCGGCAACAGCGAGCAGGACCUUACGCGCGUAUCCAUCCCACCUUCCAUGUGCGGUGAACUACACCAGGCAGAGGCGACGCUUAUCGACAUGUCGCCAGUCGGCCUGCUCGUCGUCGGUUACAAAGUUACAACAUGCGUACCAUCCCCCACAGCAGCCGACCGGAGCCGGGAAAAUAAUCGGAAACUGGAGCUACCAGCUGAUGCCUGCGGAUGGAACGCUGGCUGGCUGGCUGGCUGGUCGGAAAGUUGA